AUGUCUGCAUUGAGGAUUCUCGUCCCCGUAAAGCGGGUCAUUGACUAUGCGGUCAAGCCGCGCGUCAACAAGGCCCAGACGGCCGUCGAGACGGCUGGCGUCAAGCACUCGAUGAACCCCUUCGACGAGCUGUCGGUCGAGGAGUCGGUCCGCAUCCGCGACAAGAAGCGCGCGCCCGGCGGCGUCGAGGACAUUACCGUCAUUUCGGCGGGCCCCCCGAAGGCGGUCGACGUGCUCCGCACGGCCAUGGCCAUGGGCGCGGACCGCGGCAUCCACGUCGAGACGAAGGAGGGCGAGGACCUGGAGCCGCUGUCGGUGGCCAAGCUGCUGCGCAAGGCGGCGGAGGAGCACAAGUCGAACCUCGUCAUCCUGGGCAAGCAGAGCAUUGACGACGACGCCGGGCAGACGGGCCAGAUGCUCGCGGGUCUCCUCGGCUGGUCGCAGGCGACGCAGGCGAGCAAGGUCGAGUUUGGCGAGGGCGACACGGUCAGCGUCACGCGCGAAGUCGACGGUGGCGUUGAGACGCUCAAGGGCAAGCUGCCCAUGGUCAUCACGACGGAUCUGCGGCUGAACGAGCCGCGGUACGCCAGCCUGCCGAACAUUAUGAAGGCAAAGAAGAAGCCGUUGGAGAAGAAGAAGCUGGCCGACUAUGGCCUGACGACCGAGGCGAGGCUGAAGGUUCUCAAGGUCACUGAGCCCGCGCCGAGGCAGGGUGGCGGCAAGGUGGAGGAUGUGGACGGGCUCGUCGCGAAGCUCAAGGAGCUCGGUGCUAUUUAA